AUGUUCAUCGAAAUGCAGAGGACUCUUACUCAACCCACAUUCCCGCCCAUGGCUGCUGGCGUAUGUGCUGGAAACCCCGACCAGACGUACAAGGGUUCCACAGGAUGGAGGAGGAUUCCUGGGAAUACCUGCGUUGAUGGUGUCGCAAGGGACGAGAAGGUUGAUAAGGAGUCUUUGCAAGCAACCUGA